GAGGCGGUGGUUUAGCUGGCCGAGGAUUCCGCUAACCUGACACGUGUUAGUCAACUGUGAGGGGGAGUUGUAAGAUUGGGAAAAGCAAAACGAGCCUGAAAGUUUACAGGACCUGGACGAUUCCCUAAGGAUGAAGCUGAAUCUUACCAAGGUUGUUAAUGGCUGUCGUCUAGGGAACAUAAAAAACCUGGGCAAAGCAGGCAACUGCAGCAUUGACAUUCCAGGCUGCCUUCUGUAUACCAGGACUGGCUCUGCCCCACACCUGACACAUCAUACACUGAAGAAUAUCCAUGGGGUUCCAGCUAUGGCUCAGCUCACGCUGUCCUCUCUAGCAGAGCAUCAUGAAGUCUUGGCAGAAUAUAAGAAAGGAGUUGGAAACUUUAUAGGCAUGCCAGAGUCACUUCUAUACUGCUCUCUGCAUGAUCCAGUCAGCCCCUGCCCACCUGGUUAUGUGACAAACAAGUCAGUGUCUGUCUGGGGUGUAGGAGGACGAGUGGAAAUGACCGUUUCCAAGUUCAUGGAAAUUCAGCAGGCCCUUCAACCGGACUGGUUCCAGUGCCUCUCAGAUGGAGAGGCAUCUUGUGAAAAAUCAACGUCCAUAAAAAGGGCUAGAAAGGCUGUGGACCGGUCACUUUUAUUUCUGGACAACUGCCUGCGGCUACAGGAAGAGUCAGAGGUCCUUCAGAAAAGUGUGAUCAUUGGAGUGAUUGAAGGAGGAGAUGUGAUGGAGGAGAGGCUGAGGUCGGCACGAGAGACAGCCAAGAGGCCUGUAGGAGGUUUUCUUUUAGAUGGCUUUCAAGGGAAUCUAAUGACCCUGGAGACCAGACUACACAUGCUGUCAUCUGUCACUGCGGAGCUACCAGAGGACAAACCCAGGCUCAUCUGUGGGGUUAGCCGGCCAGAUGAGGUACUGGAGUGUAUUGAAAGAGGAGUGGACUUAUUUGAGAGUUUUUUCCCUUAUCAAGUGACAGAGAGAGGGUGUGCCUUGACUUUCAGCUUUGAUUACCAGCUGAAUCCUGAGGAGACAAUAUUACAACAAAAUGGGAUAAAAGAAGAAAUAAAGUGCAUGGAUCAAGUAAAGAAAACUGAAACAACUGGUUACAACCAAGAAAUGACAUCAUUUGAAAUUAAUCUGAAGGAAAAAAAGUAUCAAGAAGACUUCAACUCAGUGGUAAGCGGGUGUUCUUGCUACUGCUGUAAGAAUUACACUCGUGCAUACAUCCACCAUCUGCUGGUGACCAAUGAGCUCCUGGCGGGGGUCCUGCUUAUGAUGCACAACUUUGAACACUACUUUGGAUUUUUCUGCUCUAUCCGAGAAGCACUGAAAAGUGGUAGCCUGACACAGUUGAAAGAACUCAUCUAUAGGCAAGCAUUAUGAGAUCUGGCAAAUACACAUCUGACCUCCCAUGGGACUCAUACCAUUAACAUCCAAAGAAGUGAAGAAGAAAUGAUGUUUGUCUUAAACAUUUAUACUUGGGAAUAAAAUAAGCUGGAAGGAA